UCUGUGGAUCCAAACUUCCAAUACAGACGCCCUCAAAGUAUUCCGAAUGAUUUCAUUUAUUUCCGUCCUGUUAGUGCGGAAAAUCGGGAAAGGGCCAGAAAACAAAAACAACAGAAUCCAACUUUGACCUCUCAGCAACCCACCCAUGAAGGUAUCCCUCAGAGGGACAUGGGGCUUACGAAUGAGGUAGUGAUGGCUAACACACCCCCACUAACUAAGGAGUUAGACAGCAUUGCCCUUGUAAAGCCAAAAACCUCAGGGCUUCUUCGCAUAGAGAAAGUACCAGUUAAGUCUCCAGGGGUGCCAGAAUUUCAACGCUUAGAUGUUACAGGAAUUGCCAGCCCAGAUGAAAGGGGGAAAGGCACCGCAAUACUUGUUGCCGGUGUGCCUGGAAAGGAGGAUCUAGAUGAUACAGAAAUUCCAACUUUGCAGUUCACUGGGUUUGUACACCUGGAGGCUUUACUAAAUGAGUGUUCACCAUCCUCAGAAUACAGUCGCCCAGGAACCCCAAGAAAUCUGUGGAUGGAUUCUCCAGAAAAUGCAGAGUCCCCUGAAAGUGAUGAUAUGGAAGUAGCAAGAAGCAUGUAUCCAUUUAGAGAAAGAUCCAUCUUUCGGCGUUCCUGGGCAGAGCUCUUAGAGGCACCACUAAACAGUGAGGGGCUCCAUGUUCUCCAAACUACUCCCAAGGAAGAAAACAGAGAUAUGGGUUACAGAAAGCUAACAGCAGAAGAAGAGAAUCAAGUAACCAUCCGUCCUCAGGAUCAACAUUUCCAGGCUCUGCAAGGCCCUUUCCCUUUAUUGCCUGAGCGCCCUAAACUCCAGCGGCAGCGCAGUCGAAGCUUACCAAGAUACAGUGAAAUCAGAGGCCAAUACUUAAAUACACCUGAAUUCAAAUUAGAUGCAGAAGAAACUCAUUUCUUCUCACAUGACCGUAAUUUACUAGCUGAAGCAAACAUCAAGAAGAGAUACAACAUGGAGGAAGCCUGGCAAAGACCAAUCCCAUCACCUUCUGGAGAACAUCUUCCCAUCAAGCCAAGAUUUGAGGAUUCUGCAAUUCGAAGAAACAUUGGAAUUCCUGAGGAUAAUUCUGCACGUCCCAGAGGCAAUGUUAGAGUCCCCAAGAAUGAUGUCAAUACUAUCCCCAUGGUUAAUGUUGGAAUGCCCAUGGAUAAUCCUCAAGCUCUUAGAGGCAAUGCUGGAGUUCCCAGAGGGGGUGGUUUUGAGGUUUACGUGGGUAAUAGUGGUAGAACCUCCAGACGUAUGGUAUCUUCUCCACUCAAUGAGCUCUCAAAGAUAGGUGAACAUCAGUUAUAAAAACUGAUACUUUACAAUGCUCUCCAUUGAAGAAACAAACUAGGUCACUUAACAUCAAAACAGACAUGCACAAACUUGACAACUCAAAAUACUAAAUGCAACAUCUAGAUUAUGAAUCCACAAUGAGCAUAAUUAAUCAACUUGUGAUAGUUAUGUAUUAGAUUGUAGCUAGCUAGUUUAUCCUGUAUACAAUAAUCAAUUGUAUAUGGAAUAAUCUAGUUGGAGGAGUGUGUUGUAAUGACUUCAUUAAACAAAAUAACAAUUUUCAAAUGACAAUGUCUCCUGGUAAUUUCAAGUCAUCUUGGAUACUUUGAUAGACAAAUGAAAAUGACCUCAGAGGUUUUGGCAUUUAUUUUGAUGAGUCUAGCUUAAUGUUGAAGACAUUUAUCGAGUGAAAGCUAGAAUCCAGGAGAUUUAGCAGAAGAUUCUUGAAUAUCGUACUUCUCUGAAAUAUUUUAAAAAGACAACUGUGGAAAAGUUCACCCACAAGAAUGUUUAAAUAUGCCUAUUUCUUUGCUUUUUGACUUAUACACAGCAAAAUUGUAAAUAUUUAUGGGAAGCCUUAAAAAUAUAAGGAGACACAUAACUGUAGAACUGUAAAUAGCAUAUGUGGUUGUGAUGUUAAUAAUAUAAGACAAUAACAGCACCACAGGAUGCCUACAAUAUUGCAUGCUAAAACUAUGUUUUGUGUUUGAAAGUUAAUUUUUUGCCUUUCCCAGCCACUUGCAUAAGAAGAUUCAGGGUAGAAGCUAAAAAUUAUUGAACUUCUUUAUGAGAUGAAUGAAUAGGAUGCUCUUCCCAGAAAAAUGAAGAUAGCAUUUAAUUGGCCCAGAUGAUCAGCCCAGUAUUAAAUUACUGAAUCCUACUUAUGUAUGAAAGAUGGCUUUCUGGAACAUCUAUUUCACACAUCUUGUGAGGUAGAUAAAAUAUUACCAGAAGGUUAUGAGAUUAACUGACGAAUUACUUGGGAAAGUAAUCUCAUUACUUUGUAUUCAUACAUAAUAUAAAAUUUGUGCUGAGUUUUAGGGCACAUGGGCCACCACUCAAUUUGUACAUUUAAAAUUUCAACUUUCCUGAAUAAUGGUUGCUGAAGUUUUUACAAAACCAAGGGCAAUUUGAAUAAUAGGUUACCACCUAACCCCUUAUUGUGUGCCUUAACACAUAGUGCAAGGGGUGGCAAUCUUUGGACUGAAGGCAAAAUCUUGCCUUUUUUAUAAGAUUUAUUUGGCCUCUGAGGAAGGAGGUAAAGAGGCUGGCUAGCCUCCCUCCCUUAUGUCCCCAUGGUUCAGCAUGUGCAUCAUGAACCAGGGCUUUGACCUCAGAAAAUAAGGAAAGGUAGUGAGAUCCUUUUCUCCUAUUUCUUACCAACCCAGAAGAUGGGAUACCAUUUUAGACUUGAGUAACCUGAAUUUUACAUAGUGUGGCAAAACCACAGAAUA